AUGAGAGAUAUAGUUUCUUGUUUUAGUGAAAAUGCCAUAGAUGUGUCAUGUUCUAGUUAUUCAAGCAAUGCUUGUAUCUCUCCAAGUCUAACCCCAUCUGUCCAAAAUGCAGUCUCCUGCUUCUAUAAAAUCGUUCUCCCAACUCAAAAACAACUCUUGGCCACAGUCUCUUGGUCCAAAAACCACACUACUCAAGGCCUUAGCAUUAAAUUUGGCAACGACCCUUCAACUUCUUUCAAGCUCAACACUCACACCAGGUUUUUUAGAAAGAUGAAAGGCAACAAAUUGAUUGAAUCUGAUACUUCCAAGAUUGAAGUCUUCUGGGAUCUUUCUUCGGCUAAGUAUGAGUUAGGGCCUGAACCUGUUGAAGGGUUUUAUGUCCUGGUCAUGGUUGAUUCAGAAAUAGGCUUAAUUUUGGGUGACACAGGAGAAGAAACUUUGUCCAAGAAGCUCAAAACUAGCAGUACCCCAGUAGCUAAAGCCACUCUCAUUUCAAGGCAAGAGCAUUGUUCAGGCAAUACUUUAUAUACAACAAAGGCACAGUUUUGUGACACAGGAAUUCAACAUGAUAUCGUGAUCAAGUGUAGUGGAGAAAAUGAAGGCUUGAAGCAUCCUGUUUUAUCUGUUUAUAUUGAUAAGAAGACAGUGAUUCGUGUAAAGAGGCUGCAAUGGAAUUUUAGAGGCAACCAGACAAUUUUUCUUGAUGGGUUGCUUGUUGAUCUGCUUUGGGAUGUCCACGACUGGUUUUAUAAUCCUGGUUCCGGUUAUGCUGUUUUCAUGUUCAGGACAAGAAGUGGAAUGGAUAGCAGACUGUGGUUGGAGGAGAAAUUGGAGCAGAAAGAGCAAGAAAGGGUUGAAUUCUCUUUGUUGAUUUAUGCCAGUAAGAGCCUUUGA